ACCCACAGACACACUUGGCUGAGUCCUCCACGUGCCCCUUAGGCAAUCUCCUCCCGGGGGCUCGGCCCGGCUCCUGAUGCGAGCUGGUGGCCGGGUGGGCGCGGGCUUCCCGGUGCUGUGGACAUGGCCAACAGAACCAACAGCUCCACCCCGUACUACAGCUACGAAUACUACCUGGACUACCUGGACCUCAUCCCCGUGGAUGAGAAGAAGCUGAAGGCCAACAAGCACUCCAUCGUCAUCGCCUUUUGGGUGAGCCUGGCCGCCUUUGUGGUGCUGCUCUUCCUCAUCCUGCUCCUCAUGUCCUGGUCGGGUCCCCCGCACGGGAGGAACAGCCCUCAGCCCCGCCACCCGUGCCGGUGGAGCCACAGCCUCCCCCUCCCCUCCUGCCUCCGGCCGGCCCACCAGGACAGGGUCAAGGAACCCGGAGGCAGGGCUGGCGCCAAGCAGAGGCUGCCGUGUGACGGCCCCCCAGCUUUGCCCCCUACGGCUGCCACAGCCCACCCCACGCUCAUCCACGGGGGACCUCGCAGCAUCAGCUGACAUCAGGAGCAGGUGCCGCGAGCACACCCAGGAGACACAGCCUCGCCACUGUAGAACCGAGGCCAGUGAUCGGCACCUAGGCCCAGGGAGCUGGGGGCCCCCAAGCCGCCUGGCCACACCCAGGUCUCUACAGCCCACUCACAGGCAGUAGAGCGCGGGGGGGCCCAGGGCUCGCCGAGGCAGCGCAGCACAGCAGCUGGCUGAGGCUUGCACACGGCCCCUCCAGCGUAGGGCAGAUGCCCCGGACGUGACUGGUCUUACUUAGAGUGUGUACUCUGCUGCGUUACUGACCGGGUUCAGGGUACUUAAAGGAAAGGGAAGGGAAAUAAAAUGUAUGCGC